GGUCUGUGGCUCCCUGUGCGCGCUUUCGUUCCAAAGGGGGCUGUCUGUCUUUGAUGGGAUCCAGCUGUUGGCCAAGUGCUCUGGGGGCCCGUUUAUUUGCAUUGCUAAACAAUCCGUGGAGUGGGCCGAGUUCUUGCCUUCGGUCGACAGGGCGGCCGCAGCGGGUGACCAAAGACAAGCGUCUCGACGUUCAAGUGAUCGCGCGUGCAUGCGGCGGGGGCGCGGAGGGCACUUCAUUUUGCGCAUUGGGUCCUGCAAGCCCGCAAAGCUAGUAAAGCCACAGCAAUAAGCUCUUUUGCUAGCGCGAGGUAGUGUGACUUUCUUUCCAGGGGAAGCACAGGGAUCCACAUAAACAUGUUUGUUGAACUACGUGGCUUGAGUUUGUUGUCCAGCAAAAGAAUGUUGUCAGUUGUACUAUGUAUCGUGUGCUCCAUUAACUAUGGGAAAAGUCAGACGUGCUCAGAUGGGUUUACUUUUGAUCGUCGUUCCAGACAGUGUAUGGACAUCGAUGAGUGCCGGACACUGCCAGACCCAUGUCGGGGUGACAUGCGAUGUGUAAACCAGAAUGGAGGAUACCUGUGCAUGCCCCGUGGACUCUACUCCCAGUCCUACGGCCGGAACAGUCCACUCCCCUACCCUGAGGCUUCCUAUCCUGAAGAGCCCUACCCUGACAGAUCACUGGGUUAUUCUGAAACAUACAGUGCUCCUGUGGCUCCUGUGGCUCCUGGCCCUGGUCCAGGCCCUGGUCCCAGUUACCCAAUAGUGAGUCGAACCACUCCCUGUCUCCUUGGAUAUACAUUCGGUGCUGAUGGCACUUGUGUUGAUGUGGAUGAGUGUGAGGCAGAAUCACAUCAGUGUAACCCUACUCAGGUGUGUAUAAAUACAGCCGGUGGAUAUACCUGCUCGUGUACUGAGGGCUACUGGCUGGUGGGAGGACAGUGCCAAGACAUUGAUGAGUGUCGAUAUGGUUACUGCCAGCAGCUGUGCGCUAACGUCCCUGGCUCAUAUUCCUGUUCCUGUAGCCCUGGAUUUCUUCUCAAUACUGAUGCCAGGACAUGCCAAGAUGUGGACGAGUGUGUGACGGACCCAUGCUCUCACGGCUGCUUGAACACAUACGGGUCAUUCAUGUGUACCUGUGAUGAAGGCUUUGAGCUUGCCGCUGAUGGCACCACCUGCAAUGAUCUGGACGAGUGCAGUUUCUCAGACUUCCUUUGUCAGCACACGUGUGUGAAUGCACCGGGAUCGUUCUCCUGCGCGUGUCCGUCUGGAUAUUACGUGUAUGAGGAUGGAAGAAGCUGUGAAGACCUCAAUGAAUGUGAGUCUGGUAACAACACCUGUACAACAGAACAAGUGUGUUUCAAUUUCCAGGGAGGUUACACAUGUCUGAACCCUCUUAGAUGUGAUCCACCUUACAUAGAGCUCAGUGACAAUCAAUGCAUGUGUUCCGCUGAGAAUCCUGCUUGUCGGGAUCGACCCUUUACGGUUCUGUACAGGCAUAUGGAUUUGUCUUCUGGCCGAAGUGUUCCUGCAGAUAUAUUUCAGAUGCAGGCCACUACACGUUACCCUGGAGCAUUUUACAUCUUUCAGAUCAAGUCUGGCAACGAGGGAAGAGAGUUUUACAUGCGGCAAACAAGUAAUAUGAGUGCAACUCUGGUUCUGGCCCGACCCAUUAAAGGACCAAAGACCGUCGUUCUAGACCUAGAGAUGGUUACCGUUAACAACGUCAUCAACUUUCGAGGCAGUUCAAUCAUUCGUCUCACAAUAUUUGUCUCCGAACAUCCAUUCUGAGGCUUUACCAAUGAACCUCUGACCUCUCACCUCCAUCAUGGACCUCCUGUUACUGCACUACCCAUCAGGCAGCUGCGUUUCCUCAUUGUAUUUGUUCUGUGGUUCAGGACUCUCAUGUUUUCAUCACACUCUCUGUCUGCUUUAUUACAGCAGGUGGAGUUUGUGCUGAUUUUUAAUAUUUCAUAAUGCAGGUGUUCAGUUAGGCUACCUGGCUGUCGCAGUCACACACCUACACAUGUACCCAUACACAGAAGAAUAUUUAUGUUGUGUUUCUUUGGUCUUGUUUGUUUGUAUGUCCCUUUUGUGCAUUUUCUUCCCCCAAAGCUGAAGUAUCUAUUUUAAAGCUGAAUUUAGUUUCAGUACUUUUUGCAGCACCUGUUUCACAUUGUCUCACUGUGACUGUGAGGGACGCUUUUAUUUGGUCUGAACUUCUGAGCACUCAAAACAGUGAGAGAGCCACCAGGAUUGCAAUAAAAUAAUUUUAAAUUAAAAUGUCCAGAUUAGCUCUGACAGUAGCCUGCAGAGCACCUUUCGUACCUUUAGCUCUGAAUUUCUUAUCAUUUGAUCUCUGCAGAAUUUCCUCUGUGUAUGUUUUUAUUUGACAGGUAAAAAAAGAGCCCGGUCAGUCAAUAAACAAACAUUUGAUGACCUGAA